AUGGUUAGGCAGACCAUCGCCGCUAUCACUCCGGAGGAGUGUGACAACAUUCUCGCCCAGAUCAGCGCCCUGGUUGAUAGGCUGCAGCUCCGCCACGGCAACGACCUCAACGACCGCAACGGCAACGGCGUGGACAACGUCGUUGACAACGCUGACAACGAUGACGGCGCAUCCCUCGCCACAGCCAGUCGCCCCCCAACUCCGCCCCCCUCGGAUGCCGGCUCCACUUCCGGUCGCGCGACCUUUGCCUUUGCGCGCGGUAACAGCGGUUCGGCCAACCUGAGUCCUUUGCGGGGAUCCACCAUCGCUGUGCAGACCUCUGGUCCCACCGUCGUUCCAAUCCUCCCGAAUGCGCGCUUUCUCCAUGCAUCCGCUCACGACUCUGCGAUAUUGACGGGACGUUAUGCGUACUCUAGCGAGUAUUGCGAGCCCAUUCCGCCCAGCCCCGAGCCAUGCAGGCCCGGCCGCUCUGUCGCCAUCGCUCCGAUCACGAAUGGCCCUUGGUACGCAGUGGUCCGCGGGAAGGAGACCGUUUCCCCUCUCGUCCUGCAUGUCAGUGGUUCGAUUUACCGCCGCCACCCAUCUCGCCAGUCUGCAGAGCAAGCUUUUGAGGCGGCAUUGCAAGCUGGCGACGUCGCGGUGGUUUUCUAA